AGCGACCGUCGGCUCGCGUCCACCGCUGCCGAAAACGCCGCACGUACACACGUACCGGUCACCUUACGAACAACCGCAUUGUUCAGUCUUAGAACAGCCGUCGUAACUCACACUUUUACGCGUAUACAGUUCCGUUGUUUCAUCGCGUUCGGUUAAAUUUUCAUUUUCCGCGUUGUUCGUUGCCGUUAAACAGAUAAAUCCGAACGAAUUUUCACCAUGAACUUGCGGGAAAUUAUUUUCUAUUCAAUCGCUCCAGCUUGUUGCUGGCUGGUGCUGUUAAAUGCCACUACGCACUACGUGGCAACACGAUUACAUAGAGUGACUGAAGUUUGGAGUCACUAUUUUAAUUUCGCCCAAGCUUACACUAAAUUUGCUGAACAAAAUAACAAUAAUUUGUCCAUACCGCCGGCAAUCCGAGUUCGUACUCCGGCCGAAUAUGACUUCGAAACACAACAAAUUGUUCAGUACAUGAUUUACAAAUUGGUAUUUGUGACGUGCGUGGUUAUUGUACUUCAAGUGAGUUUACUUUUGUUUUGCCUGUACAACGAGGAGCACAUCAACUACACCAGCCAGCUAAUUGAGGUGCAGUAUAUCCACGAGGGCGAUGACGACGAACAACUACGUUACUUUAUCAGUGUUCCACAAGAUCCACACGAACCUAACAACGAAGCCAUUCAUUUCUUCGAUAACGUCUUCGGCGAGUUCCACGUCGACGAGAUCAACAUCGAUGAAAUCAACGUCAGCGAAGAAGAAGAAGUAGAAGAAGGAGAAGAAGGAGAAGAAGGAGAAGGAGAAGGAGGAGGAGGAGGAGGAGAAGAAGGAGAGGAAGAAGAAGAAGAAAUCUUCCUCUAAAAGCAUACUGUUGUCAUAGAUAAUCGACUUCGAUCAUAAUAUUAUCUAUGACAACAAAAACUCGGAUAUCCAUCAUAUCAUUUUCGUUUUCAUCACUGGCGUAACAAUUGUAAUUUUAAUUUCGUUUUGUACUCCACGAUCAAAAUUUCAAAUUCCCGAACUUUUCUUAAACGGCAAAUAUGAAGCGGGAUGCAAAAAUAGUGUCCCCGACGCACAAUUAUUACGCCAAUGAUGAAAACGACGACGGCGGUCAAAAUGUAAUUACAGUGAUGGAUUUUUUAUACGCGGACAAGGAUGACACAAUACACGA